AUGGGGGAAGUUCAAAAGGGUUUAUUCUCCGUUAUUGAGAAACUGAAGGGCACAACAGAACAGGAGCUACGGAUAGUUCUGCUUGGUCUGGACAACGCAGGCAAAACCACUUUACUUAAACAACUUGCUUCUGAGGAUGUCAACACCAUCACACCAACUCAGGGCUUCAACAUUAAAAGUGUGACCUGUCAUGGCAUGAAACUGAAUGUGUGGGAUAUUGGAGGACAGAGAAAAAUCCGUCCAUUCUGGAAAAAAUACCUGGAGAACACAGACUUGUUGAUCUACGUCAUUGACAGUGCUGAUAAGAAGAGGUUUGAGGAGACAGGGCUGGAGCUCUCUGAGCUUAUUGACGAGGAGAAUUUGAAAGGUGUCCCUGUGCUUAUAUUUGCCAACAAACAAGACUUGGCCACUGCGUCACCAGCCAGUGAGAUCGCUGAGGGGCUUAAUCUGCAUACAUACAGGGACCGUGAAUGGCAGAUCCAAGCCUGUUCCGCCGUCUCCGGGGAGGGUGUACAGGAUGGCAUGAACUGGAUCAGCAACAACAUUGUAAAUAAGAAGAAAUAA